AGCAACAGCAACAACAAAUGUUACCUUCAUCUGCUUAUUUACCUCCUCCUCCACAAACCUUUAACUUCAAUCCCAACAUGAUGUACAAUCAACACAUGUCACCUCCACUUACGCCAGCCGUUUCUCCUUCAUCUGUUUUGCUCGACUCAACGCAAUUUAAGCGAAAGUUUUCUGUUGAUAUUGGUCCUUUUGGAUUCGGGAGCAACAUUCCGCACCCGUCCUCAGUACAUGAUCAAGAUGUCUAUAGACGUAGCUCAUGUUCAGCUGUUUCUAUGGAUAGCAUGAAUCAGCCUGAGCCUCAUUCAGCUACCCCUUCUCCUCCUCCUCCUACUUCCUCUUCUUCUGUUGCAAAUGGUUAUUCUGUCGCUGUUACUGCUGCUGCUGCUGCUGCUGCUGCUGCUGCUGCUCGAUGUCAAUCUGAUUACUCCUUUUUAAAUACAUCCAUGCAACAUCACUCAUUUGGAAACCAUCUUUCUAAUAACGCAACUACGACAACAUCAACUGCAGUCACUGUCCCUUCACCUAAAAAUCGACGUGGAUCUCGUGCUCAGCAUUCGGGUCCCAACACUCAGCAUAAGCAUGCUUGCAAGUAUCCUUACUGCUCUUGGAGUUUCAAGCGAUAUGAGCAUCUUAAGCGUCACAUGCUUGUUCACACUGGUAAAAGACCCCAUGUUUGUCAUUUUCCUGGUUGUGGAAAGAGCUUCAGUCGCUCCGAUAACUUCCAUGCUCAUUACCGUACUCAUACUAAGAAGACCAGUUUGGCUCAAAAUCAAAAGUCUGUUGUCAAUAAUGAUCAAGCAGGAACUUCUCAUGACACUUCUUCCUCUUCCAAUGUUGCCGCUGCUACUGUAGCCGCUACAGCAGCCGCUGUUUCUUCCUCUUCUAUGUCUAAUACAAAUGUCAUGACCCCUCAACAUCAAGUGUUUCAAGAAAGAACUUACUUUAAACAAGCACCUGCUUUCCAUAUGAGUUUUAAUCAAGACAUGUAUAAUCAUCGUUAUCCUUCAGAGGAGCCUUAUCAACAACAUUAUAUGCGU